AUGAAGAAACGUUGUGUGGACAUCAGCAGGUUACGAAAAAUGAAGAGGAUGAAAAUACCGGAGAAGAUUUCUGAGAGUGCAUACACUUUUCUGAGGUUCAUGGUGCUGUGGACAGUGGUCCUGUUGGCAGAUUUCAUUCUGGAGUUUAGACUGGAGUAUCUGUGGCCCUGCUGGCUUUUCCUCGGAAGUGUCUACACGACGUUUCACUGCCACGGCCUGAUUAUUUGCGUGGUUUUUGUGUGUGCUGCCUUUACUCUCGACAUAUUCUGUUUAAUUUUCGUGCCUCUACACUGGCUGUUUUUCGCUGCCAGCACCUACGUCCUGUUCAACUACAUAUGGCACACAGAGAAGGGGAUCUGCGUCUCCACGCUGACUCUGUGGGUUCUGCUGGUUUACGCCGAGGCCUCUGUGAGGAUGAGGGAACUGAAAACAUCUCACACCAACCUGUCUCAUCUGUUCGCUGCUCACUGCAUUGGCUACCCAGUGGUGUACAUGGGCUUGGAUGUGACGUGCUACUUCACCAGUGUCUUUAAGCUGCGCUCGCAGAAAGCCAUUCAGAACGAGAACAGUUUUCACCUGCAUCUCCUGCAACAGUCUCUACCUCCAGACAUGACUCUCUACCCAAAGCUUGUCCCAGAGAAUUCGAAGUGGAGGUCCAAACCCGAGUCCUCUCAGUACCAGUGCGCUCACGACGCUGCUGUGUGGGAGGAGCGGCGGAGCCCGGGCGAAUGCCACCAGAUUCACAGGCCACAGGCCAGGACGGAGAGAGACGUAGAAGAAGCCAAGCCCAAGGAUCCGAACCCCCACCCUCCUGCGGCCAGACGGCAGGGCAGCGAGCUCCCGGCGGGCAGCCCCGUCACGCCCAAAACCCCCGAGAACACGCUAAAGGAGGACCAGGGCGGGAAAACCCAGAGACAGUCCAAGAGUUCCCCGCCCAAAGUGCAAAAGACUUUAACAAACGUCAGCACGGGAAAGGGGGAGAAGAAGCCAAAGGCCCCCAAACCCGUCAGCACGACCACGGAUUUCGACAGGUCUUCCACUGGCCAGCUCAGUCCUCCCAACCCCCACGCUGAGCAAAUGUCAAAGCUGGAGCAGGAGCUGCGCAGACUGAAGGGGGAGUUGCAGGUGAGCAGACAGAGCGAGCAGGAGCUGCGCAGUCACGUCUGCAACCUGACCAACAGCCAGAGCAGCCUGCGACCCGAGGUCUCGCUGCUCAGACACGCCAACCAGCUGCUACAGAGCAAGAUUCUGUGUCUGACAAAGUCUAGACAGAAAGACAAGCAGGCCACGGCCAUCCUGGAGAAGAAGACUCGUCUGGAAACAGAGACCAGAGCAGCUGUGGAGAAACAAAUUAUAGAAAUUCGAGCCCACAAACUCGACGAGUCAGCCAUCUUGCUCCACGAUGCACCAAACAGGCAGGAACAGAGUGAAACCCAAGCGUUAAAGAAAAAAGCUAAAGAUCUAGAGACAGAAUACGAACAGCUGCAGCUGGAUUAUCAGGGGAGAGAGGCGCGGGUUCUAGCUCUAGAGAGUGAAGUUGAGGCUCUGCAGAAGCAUCGCUGCAUGGGGCAGGAGGCAGAGGCCCUGCUGUCUGCUCUCUCUGCUCUGCAGGACAAGGCUCAGCACCUGGAGUACAACCUGAGCGCGGAGACCCGCCUCAAACUGGACCUCUUCUCCGCACUGGGUGACGCUAGGAGACAACUGGAACUGGCUCAAGUGAGGGUGGCCAAGCAGGACCGGGAAAUCGCGGAGAUGAAACAGAAGAUCGCGGAGGUGAUGGCUGUCACUCCGGGGAUGUCUUACGUGACCCCGAGGACGUCUGUGCCACAGUACCUCAAAUUCCUCAACUCCGAGCGCUACAUGCUCAGCCCACGGGCUCUCAUGUACCAGUGUCUUAAGAAGUAG